AUGGCCAAAUCAGGUGGAGGGUCUGAAUAUGACUUCAUAUUUAAAGUGGUUCUUAUAGGCGAUAGCUCCGUCGGCAAGAGUAAUCUUUUAUUACGUUUCACACGUAAUGAAUUUCGUCUCGAUACGCAAUCGACUAUCGGAGUCGAAUUUGCCUACAAGCAAAUAAUAAUCGAAGGGAAAAAGAUCAAAACACAAGUUUGGGAUACAGCAGGUCAAGAGCGCUUCAAGACUGUUAUACCGCAAUUUUAUCGCGGUAGCGAAGGUGCCCUAGCUGUUUUCGACCUAACCAAACCCGAAUCAUUCGAACACAUUAACACUUGGAUAGAAGAAUUACAUCGACAUACGCCAGCAGACAUACCAAUUGUCCUUGUUGGAAACAAAUCUGAUUUAGUCGAUCAACGGAAAGUAUCCCAAGAUCAAGCGAAAGAUCUCGCACAACGAUUGAAAGUCUCGUACAUGGAAACAUCGGCAUUGAAUGCAUCGAAUGUCGAACAAGCGUUCGUUACAUUGGUCAAAAGUGUCUUUUAUAAGAAAAUACCCAAAUCAGUAGACAAUCCAACUGCUUCAACAGCAACUGACCAUUCAUCAACAGUGCCCGUCACAACCGAUACAACCGAUGCUCAAGUGGAAAUUUCAACAAAUACUAAGUCAUUUCGUCUGAAUGACAAAGCAAAACCAGUCGCGCUGAAGAAGAAUAGCAGCGGCGGUUGUUGUUAA